AUGCCUCCAACAAUAUCAGCAAAGCCGCAUGUCAUCGUCCUGAGCGGACCAAGCGGAUCGGGAAAAAGUACAUUAAUCACGAAACUAUUCGAAGAAUAUCCAACAGCGUUUGCUUUUAGCAUCUCACAUACAACAAGAUCCCCUCGUCCAGGCGAACAAAAUGGACGUGAGUACCAUUUCGCCUCUCGACCUGACAUGGAAGGUAUGCUGAAUCGUGGCGAAUUCCUCGAAUCAACAGAAUUCUCCGGAAAUUUUAAAAAAGCUGUUGAAGAUGUAACACGAACAGGGCGCAUAUGUUUACUUGAUGUCGAUAAACAAGGCGUGAAAAACAUUCGCAACAGCCAUCUCGAUGCCGUGUUUGUCUUCAUCAGUCCGCCGAGUUAUGAAAUUUUAGAGCAACGUUUACGCGGACGACAAACAGAUACCGAAGCGGCAAUCGAAAAACGUUUAAAAGAAGCGAAAGAAUCGAUGGAAUUCAGCAAAGAACCAGGCGUUUAUGAUCAUAUUAUAUUAAAUGAUCAACUCGAUGUGGCUUAUCAAUCACUAAAGGACGUUCUACGAGAGAUGGCUAAUCAAGCCGAACAAAUUCGUCUUGCACAAGCAGGUGUCCAUGAUAAUCCUGAGUUUGUUUUGAAAUAUCUCGAAGAAAUUGAAGCGUUAGCUGAAAACGUCCUUGCCGAACGACGUGAAAUCAUCGAAUUGAAUAAAAGACGUGAUAAACUACGCGAAGCCAGUCGAGCAGUUCACAAACAAGCAUCGAACGUUAAAACGAACUGGAUGUGUUUGAAUAAUAAUUUUCUCGCCAUGUCAACGAGAGAUUAUUUUGAUCAAAUCAAUGUAGAAAUCAGUCAAGCAGAGAAAAAACUAAAGGAAAAUGUUAAAAAACUAUAUGAUGCAGAAAAAAAACCUGAAAUUCGCGGUUUCAAUUUGAAAUCUCUCUCACGUGAAGAACGCCAAGAAUUGGAUCAAUUGCUGGAACCAUACACUUGA